UUUCCCUGACCUAGACACUCCGUAAUUAUAUGAUAAGUGAGUUUGGCAGACGUCUGUCGGUAAGUGGAGCACAGUCAGGCUUCCCCACAGAAUUUCCCCAGAUAUGUCCCUACUCCACACUACUGUAGCGCGUCUUGGCGAUCCAGAUCAAUCACACCCUCUUAAGUACCAUCCUUCCUUCUCUUUUCCCCGCCGUUCUGUUCAUCGGCAACUUCUUCACUCUUCGGUAUCUUUCUUUCGGUUCGCUUCUCCAUGUCAUCGGUUCGGGAGAGAAGUCCAACAACGCCUGAACAUGCAUCUAGAUCAAAACGCCGGCGUCUUAACUUUGCAUGCAACUACUGCCGCAGUCGGAAGACACGCUGUGAUGAACAACAGCCAUCGUGUCGCGCGUGCCAGAUCGCGGGAGUGCCAUGCAUAACUGUAAAUCGUCGUCGUCCAGAAACCGAAGUCGAGCGCCGACCGGCAGGACAAAAAGAUGCCGCCGCCCCUGUCGAACAAGUAUCAAUUACCGAGGUUGAAACCAUCUCCGCCCCAAGUCCACCCCAUCUACCCCGGGAUGAUAGAAGGUCCGAUAAGAACCCAGACACGCAACAGUCACGUGGCGUCCGAUUCCAAGGACGAUUACCUCUCAUCGCCCAACGUCCUGCACGCAAUUCAGCUGAGACACUAACCAGAUGGCUGGAGUUAGCUAUGCGCCGCCUGGGUAGACCAAGAGAGGAUGCGCACGCUGUCUCCGGGUUUGUCUGCAUUCCCCGUGGUAUGCCGAUGCACCUGCCGAGAGCGCAUCAACUUCCCGAGAGCGAGGACUCCACCUAUGACUUGAUUGGUUUCGCCCGACAGCACGGCCCUGAGAAUUUCACCGAGCGAUAUGGUCUGCCCUUGCUCAUGCAAAUGUACCUGAUCUUGGUGCUUGGGGCAAAUUCAUGUCCACAGGUAGUGUCGCCAGAAUACUUGGCUGGAGUGGAAGACUACUGUAGAUCCUUAUCCGGUCACACAUUACUCCAGAGCGAUCUCGAUACUGUCAUCGCUACUGCAUUGCUAGCGCUUGACUUCAAAUUUUGUGGCCACGACAAUGCUGCAAUGGCAACGCUUACACAGAGCAUCUCUAUUGCAUCUUCCAUCGGGAUCACUGGACCAUCUGCGUCUCAGGGUACACUGCCGCUGCCCCUCAGUCUCAAUUUACCUGAAGACCGGGUCUGGUGGAGCCUGUAUGGUUUCGAGAAGUUUCUUGCCUUCGAGCUUGUUCGUCCCUCACAAUUGACCAGAGUUUUUGACUCCACAGACCUUUCAUCGCAGUGUUCUGCUGAAGAUGUACCGGAAGAAUGCGUGUGUCUCGCCGUUACCAUUAGUCUAGCCGAUGUUCUGAGUGAGAUCUAUGACCGCUGUAUGCGGGUAGGUAUCAGAGAGGACAACAGCAGUUCGCCUGAAGAUCUCCAAGCCGCUAUUACAGCCAAAGUACAGGCGACUGGUGAAUGCUGCCUGCUACUAUCCGAGUGGGCUGAAAAGCUGCCCCCUCGAUACAGAGUCACCGUGGAUACCAUCUUCGGCGAGCGCGGCUAUUCGUUCCAAUCGUUCGUAGCCAUACAGUAUCACAAUGCAAUCUUGAUGAUCACCCGAAACAGUCUAUUGAUCGACCAGGAAUCGAUAAGAGUAGCUUCAGAAGUCAUGGCUAAGGACCAGCCUUGGGAGCAUUACAUCCAUUCGGGACAAGCCAUUACGGCAAGUUCUGCGAGAAAGAUUCUCACAAUCAUGGUCGAAGGGGCAGAUCACAAUCUCAAACCCGCAAUACCAACAUUGUCUAUGGUGCUACACGCAUGUUUUGUUCUCUACGUUCAUAUGAUCAGGCAACCCCAUGCGCGAAUGAAUGUUGUUAACCAGGCUAUCGUUGUGGCAGCUAUCGAGCAAAUGGUUGAUUCCUACGAAACUUCGCGGCAAAUCCCGGAUAGUUUUCUUGACGCCUUACGGUCAUUCCGAAAAAUGAUAAAUGCAUUGUCCCACGAAAAUGUGCAAAGCGCGGAGCAGACAGCAAGCAACUCACAUAACACUACGCGUAGAGAAAAAUCACCAGGCACGAUUAAUGUCGAUACUCCCUUUUCUACCAACUUACCUCAUGAUUUUGAGCAAAAUCGCAUUUUCCAGGCAAAUCUACUUGAGUCUAACAACACUUGGGAGGGUGUCGAAGAAACAUUUGAUCUACAUAUGCAGGAUCAAUUCGGAUGGGACUGGUCGGUAUUCUCACAUUUGUUCACAUCAGCAAUGCACGAAGAUCCAUCGCAAGCACCACUGUAA